CGCGCCCGCGAGCGCCUGCCCACCGAGAUCUUUCUGGACAGUGAGGACAUCAGCCGUGUGGUGGCGGCAGAGAUUGCGGCGCUCAUCCGCAGCCGCCAGGCAGAGGGGCGGCGCUGCGUGCUGGGCCUGGCCACCGGCAGCACCCCCAUGCACGUCUACCCCUGUGCUGCCGCUGUACGAUGCUAUCGCUACUGUACCGCCACUGUACUGCUGGUGUACCGCAGAGAGGAGGGCCUGUCCUUCCGCAACGUGCUCACCUUCAACUUGGAUGAGUACCACCCCAUGCAGCCCCAGGCCCUGCAGGCGGUGAGCUACCACCGCUUCAUGCGGGAGCACCUGCUGGACCACGUGGACCUGCCGCCGGGGGCAGCGCACAUUCCAGACGGUACCGUACCGCUGGCGGAGGUGCCCAAGCACUGCCAGGAGUAUGAGCGGCAGAUUGAGGAGGCGGGAGGCAUCGAUCUGCAGGCGCCUGCCAUACUGGGGCUGGGGCGCACCGGGCACAUCGGGUUCAACGAGCGCGGCAGCGCCCGCGGCAGCACCACCCGCCUCAUCACACUGGACCGGGUGACCCGCGUGGACGCUGCCUCUGACUUCUUUGGGGAGGGCGCCGUGCCCCGCAGGGCAAUCACCAUGGGGGUAGCAACCAUCCUCAAGGCAGGCCGGGACCCUGCACCCCUGGCUGAACUGUUUGCGCGCCGCAUGGUGCUAAUGGCAUUUGGGGAGAACAAGGCGGGGGUGGUGCGGCAGGCGGUGGAGGGGCCCGUGUCUGAGCAGGUGGCGGCCAGCUAUCUGCAGGAGCACCCCGACGCCGCGGCCUAUGUCGACUAUGCGGCAGCGGCAGGCACGCUGUGGUCACGCCGCCUGACCCGCGUGCAGUGCCCCUGGGUGCUAGGCCCCAUCGCCUGGGACGCCACCCAGGUCAAGAAGGCGGCCUGCUGGCUGGCGCAGCAGGUGGGCAAGCCGGUGCUGAAGCUGACGGAUGACGACUACUCAGAGCACUCGCUGCAGGCGGGUUCGUAUGACAUCAACCUGCGGGUCUUCUACGCCCUGCAGGGCACCAUCAGCGGCUGGCCGGGUGGGUGGGCUUCCCAGCGCGCUGCCGGUGCUGCCGCCGAGCCUGCAGCCUUCCCCAAGCGCGUGCUCAUCAUGUCUCCUCACCCCGACGAUGACGUCAUAUCUAUGGGCGGCACACUCAUCCGCCUGGUGGACCAGGGGCACGAGGUGCAUGUGGGCUACCAGACCAGCGGCAACAUCGCGGUGUGGGACGAGGACGCGCUGCGCUUUGCAGACUUUGCGGUGCAGGUGCGCCGACCGUCUCAGGCCUGGCACCUGCCCUUUCCCACCUACCUUUCUUUCUUACCCCCUCCCUCGCCCCCGCCGCAGGUGGACAGCGAGGAGGUGCUGCGAACCAAGGCGCUCAUCCGCAAGUGCGAGGCGCGGUCGGCGGGGCGCACGUGUGGCGCUGACGUGGCAAACCUACACUUCCUGGACAUGCCUUUCUACCAGACUGGCCAAGUGGUCAAGGCGCCUCUGUCCCAGGCUGACAUCGAUCUGCUGGUGGCCCUGUUUGACCGCAUCAGGCGAGCUGGAAGGCCGCACCAGAUCUUUGCGGCGGGUGACCUUUCCGACCCACACGGCACACACCGCACCUGCCUGCAGGCACGAGCUGCUCAGCAGGGCAUUUGUGGGGACUGGUACCAUGAGUGCGGCACCGAGGUGCUGCUGUACCGUGGAGCCUGGCAGGAGUGGGAGCCUUGGGAGGUGGACCUGGCGGUACCGCUGUCCCCCGCGGAGCUGCAGCAGAAGGUGGAUGCGAUCUUCAAGCACCAGAGCCAGAAGGACCGCGCCCUGUUCCCUGGAGCAGACCCUCGAGAGUUCUGGCAGCGCGCCCAGGAGCGCAACCGCGCCACGGCGGCGCUGUACGACAGGCUGGGCCUGGCAGAGUACGAAGCCAUGGAGGCAUUUGUGCGGUAC